AUGGUUAUCGAUGAUAUUUUUUCUUUCGCAGUAGCUAUUGAAAUUAUAAAAGGUCAUGAAGAUAUUGAACCACGAUCUGUUGAUGAAUGCAAAGAGAAACCUGAUUGGCCAAAGUGGAAAGACGCAAUCCAAGUUGAAUUAAAUUCCUUGGAAAAACGUGGUGUAUUCGGACCUGUGGUUCAAACACCGCAAGGUGUAAAACUUGUGGGAUACAAAUGGGUGUUCACGAGAAAGCGUAAUGAGAAAAAUGAGAUUGCAAGGUAUAAGGCACGACUCGUUGUGCAAGUUUCAGAAAAACUUGACAUGCGUCUUAUGGACGUUGUUACUGCAUACUUGUAUGGGGAGUUAUAG